AAGAUCACUCGUCGGUGAAUACAAAACGCCGCCGUGCAUCAUCUUUUUGUCUGCAUAUUCAUUUAAAGUUUUAAAUGUCAAUCAUCAUGAUUGAACAAAAUAUCCAACGCAGUACUUUAAAUGAUGAACAUUUUCAAUUUAAUUCAACGUCUGUCGUUAAGGUUUCAACAGUUCGAAAACCCAAUUUUAUUCGUCAUAAGGUUAACACUAAUCUUAAUUUGAAACCACAACUUUUUUUAAGUAACGAAGCUGAAUCAUACGGUGUGCACUACUCGUCUGGUGAUAAUCAUAGUUUUUCUAGUUUUCAAAUGGCUAGUAUGUUCCUCGAAUACAUUGGCAAAGUGGACAUCAUAUCAAAUGCAGAAAAUAUUAAGAAUCUGUGCAAAGUACCAUACAAUAAGAAAUCUGUUAGCAUUAUGGUACAUAGAUUUGAUAAGACAUUAUUAUUUGAUGAAUUCGAUAUUGAAAAAUAUUUGACUCAAAAUACAUCUGAGGAAUGGACCUGGUUAAAAAAAUUCUUUUAUAACAACAUUGUAAAAUCUUCUGAUACUACUAAGGUGGAAUGUAUCACUUUAAAAAAAAAUAAUUUUAAAAGAGUUGAACAUAAAAAUUUGGUAUCAAAAUUUUUGCACCAUUCCAUUGGAUUAGAGCUCCAUAAUGAUCAAAUAAAAAAUGUUUGUAAUGAAAUUAUUCCAUUAGGUUCUCCUUCACUAAAACAACCUACACCAGAAGAAGUAUUUCCAGAUUUUCCUAAAGUACAUCGAUUAUUUAACCGAAACGUUUUAUGGGAUUUUAAGGACUUGCAAAUAUUAAUUGGUACAGACUUACCAAUUUUCAGAAAUGACAAUAAUUCAUCUUUAAGCGCAAAACUGAGAGACAUGUCAAAACCUCUAAGCAUGUUAACUGGAAUUGAUUAUUGGCUAGAAAACUUGAUGAACGAUAUUCCUGAAAUUGAAUUUUGCUAUCAUAUUAAUGGUAUUGUUCAAAAAUAUGAGCAGGUGAAGACAGAGGAUAUUCCAUAUUUGAAUGGUUCAACAUUUUCACCAAAUUUAAUUCAUGUUAAUAUGCAAAAAAUAAUAUCAUUUCUAAAGUCAAAUACUUGUAAUGUAGGACAUACCUAUUGGUUAUUUAAAGGAAAAGAUGAUGAUGAAGUAAAACUUUAUGAUUUGACAACAUUAUGUUCUGAAUCAUUAAUUGACAGCCCAAAUCCAUUUACAUUUCCUGUCACUACGUUGUUAUGCCGUGUUGCUUAUAAAUUAAUGCAUGACUUAGAAGACGUAAAUCAAUAUAAUGGCAUUACUAUAAUACCUUCACUUAAUAACAGUUUAAAAUUAUUAGAUAAAACUAAACACCCUCAAGUUGUUGCAACUGUCAAUUACAUGCUGUCAGAUAUCUACAUUAAACUUUAUAAUAAUUCAUUAUGCACUGUAAAGAAAGAUUUGACUAACUAUGCCAUUGCAUCCUAUGAUUUUCGCAAUGGGACUUAUUCUAUCGAUAUACAAAAUGAAGAUAUAACUUUUAAGACAGAAAAUAUAUUUCAAAUAUCUGAAUGUUCUAUAUCAUCACAUAGUUUAACAGUUUUAUACAGUUGUUUUUAUAAGGCAUUAGUUUUGAAUUAUCCACUUAAUGCUGAGGAUAGUUAUUUGUGUUAUUAUAAACUCAAGGAAAUGCUCUGUAUUAAAGCAUCUGAAGUAUAUUUGAAUUUAUGCAAAAAAUGUCGUAAAAACAAAAAUUUUGGAAUAGCACUAAAAUGUUGUCGCCGAAUAUUUGAAUGUCUAUUACAUAUUGAAAACAAUCAAGUUUUAAACAUUGUUUUAGAAUACAGUGGAGAUUGUUUUUUCUAUUUUAUUAACCAUUGGAAUGAUAUAGAACAGUACAUUAGUGAAUAUGAAACUGAUGAAAUGUAUGAUUUUGAAAUAAGAGAAAUGUUACUAAAAAAUUCUAAAGACUUUACUAACAAAGAUUUAAAUAGAAUACCAAUAAAAAUCAAAAAAUCAGUAGAGGACAUGUUAAAAACAGCAGAAUAUUUUUACACGCGUACAUUGGUAUUAGAGACAAAUACUGAAAAAAUAAUAUUACUGAAGAAACGAAUAGGUUCUGUUUACAAUGAACUUAAUAUAUUUUACCUGAAUGAAAUGAUAAGAGCCGUAAGAACUUGUACCACUGAAACUCUUAAAGUAAAGUUAAAAUGGCUAAAAAAAAAAUCAGAGUAUUUUUUUAAAUUGGGAAUUGAUAUAUUUAAAAAUCUUCAGGAUAUGAAUAAUUUUGUUCAAAUGCAUAGAAACUUAGCAGACAUAUACAAAAGCAUAGGUUAUUCAAAUUUUAAAAUUCCGCUCAAAGAAUUUACUAAAGAAAACAAUAUAUAUUUUAUGGUUAUAAACAUAUACACGAACCUUUUAUCAGAAUUGGAUAAUCGUAGUUCUAAUCCAAAUCUUUGGGAUACAGUUUACUAUGAAAAUUCUUCUGUUCUGUACUAUUUGUCAGCUCAAAACUAUGCAGCAUUUCAACGAAACAAUUCAAAAAGCCAACAAGAAUGUUUUGAUUUAUUCAAGAAAGCAUUGGAAUAUUGUGAUUUGGAAAAUGAUACACCCAAUAGAUUUGAAUAUGAGUUUCGAUCAGCAUAUAUUCACUAUGGCCUGGCAUCUUUGAUUUAUUUUAAUUUAGAAAAAAAUAUAUCCAUGAAAUCUCCAAAGGUCGAUUUUGGUUUAUCACAGAUCAGGUCUUACUAUAAUUUUGCAUUUGACACCUAUUUGAAAAUAAGGUGUCCAUUAGAUUGUCUUGGAGUACUUAAGGAAAUGAUAAUGCUUGAUAUGAAAUUUAUUGAUGGUACAUUGAAUGAUGAUGAACAUAUCAAGUCUAUUUUAAAAACAUUGAAAAAAUGUGAUACUGUAUUUCAAAUGUUAGAAGAAAAGAACUCAACGGAAUGUUUACCCAGUAAAUACAUAAUUAAAGUGUUGUAUAAUAUUGAAGAUGAACAGAUUAAAUUAAAUUUAAUAAAUUCUCUAAAUAAAACUAUUUGUAAACUUUUGAUGAGUAGUAUGAUCAAGUUGGCCAAGAAAAAAGAGCUUAAGUAA